AUGAACAUCAACAAUGAUCUUCAGCAAUCAUAUCAACGAAGAGGAUGCAUCUUUGUAUAUAUUACAAUUUUAGCAAGGUGCUGUGGACUGAUUGCACUUACUGGUCUAAUAUUCGUAGCCUAUCUAGAAUGGUUAGGAAUAGGUUCAUUAAAUUCUCGUGUCUACAUCACAUUUGUGACAAUCGUUGUUGCUUAUCUGGAACUUCUUUGGGUUUUCAAUAAAAAAGUGGAGAGAAUGAAAAUUCGUUAUAAACAUAUAUCAGUUAUGGGUGAUAGUUAUUUGUUGAACUGUGAUUUCGCCUUUAAGUGA